AUGUCCCUGCCCCAGAGGCUCGCGAGAUCCGCCUCGCUGGCGCGCACACUCGCCGCGCAGCACGCGCCCGCGAUGAAACCCGCCGCCGCCGCGCCCAUCAUCGCGUCCUCCUCCUUCUCCCACCAUCAUCAUCAACAACAACACCAUCGUCGGUCGGCGGCGACGACGACGGCGGCGCACCGUUCCGCGGGCUCCGGCCUGCCCCCGCUCUCCUUCGACGAGGGCGGCAAGUGGGGCGGGGGUAAGGGCAAAUCCGUGGUGUGGGUCCCGAGCACCGCCAAGGCUGGCCAGGCGAAAGCCUACGGCGGACAGGCGCAGCAGCAGCAGCAGCACGGGGGCCAGCAGCAGCAGCAUGCGCGAUCGUAUCAGUCGCCGCCGCCGCCCCCGCCGGCGGAUGGCCAGCGCCGGCGGUUCCAACAGCGGGAUCACGUCCCGGGCCCCGGGGCGCCCCCGCCGCCGCCGCCCCCGCCGCAAGCCACCGGCGCCCGCCAGUUCACCGCUGGUAACAACAAGGCAUCAAGCGCCAACGACGACGCCGGUUCUCGGGUUUACUGCGACUACGCCGUGUACAAGAGCAAAGCCGCGGCCAAGUUCCAGGUGAUCAAGCCCACGUUCGAGGUCAAGCCGGACGGCAGCCGGGCGAAGAAGCGGGACGGCGGGGUGUUGCUCGAGAUGGCCCCGGCGGUGGGCCCGCGGCAGUACGACUGGGCGCAGAAGCAGACCAUCAUGCUCUCGCCGUUGGAGCUCGUCGAGCUCACCGAGUCGCUGCACUUCGGCCGAGGGGUAAACUUUUUCCACGACCCGGGGAUGGGCACCAACAGGCAGGGCGCGAUGACCAAAUCGCUCAAGGCGGAGCCCAUGCCGGACGGGAGCGGGGGGAUCUUCCUCAACAUGGGGGUCACGACGGGCGGCGACGGCGCGAACGGGGGGCAGCGGGUCAACAUGAACAUCGCGGUUUCCUUUGCGGAGUUUGCCGCGCUCAGGCACCUCUCCGCGUACCUGACGCCGCGACUCAUGGGUUUCGCCGAGGUUUUUCGCGAUUGAACGAUGUGUAGUCUAUCUGAUGUGUUGGUGUAAAUACGUGAAUUCUACAUUCGGAACUUUUUCUC